CCUUCCGGUUACCAGCUUCAGGCUAGGCUUUGAAGGGAAGCUGGCGCCAGUGGUUUUGUGUGCUGUAAUGUGAGUGCUGCUGCAGGGAUCUGAGCAGAGAGCAUGGGUCAGCUGGAAAACCACGCUAUGAAUGCAGUGACCUAUGAUGAUGUGCAUAUUGACUUCACUUGGGAAGAGUGGACUUUGCUGGAUCCUUCCCAGAAGAAUCUCUAUAAAGAUGUGAUGCUGGAGACUUACAGGAACCUCACUACUAUAGGAUAUACUUGGGAAGACCAUAAUAUUAAAGAAAAUUGUCAAAGUUCUAGAAGACAUGAAAGGCAAGAAAGAAGUCAAACUGUAGAGAGACCUUCUGUACAUGCUCAUGGUGUAAAUGCCUUUGUAUAUCCCAGUACUAUUCAACUGCAUGAAAGACCAAAUACUAGAGAGAAGCCUCAUAAAUGCAAUCAAUGUGUUAAAGCCUUUGCAUAUUAUGGUCAUCUUCAAAUUCAUAAAAGAACACACACUGGAGAGAAACCCUAUGAAUGCAGUCAAUGUGGCAAAGCCUUUGCAUGGCACAGAAGUCUUCAACUGCAUGAAAGAACACACACCGGAGAGAAACCCUAUGGAUGUAAUCAAUGUGGUAAAGCCUUUGCACAAUACAGUCAUCUUCAAAGACAUAAAAGAACACACACUGGAGAGAAACCUUAUGAAUGUAAUCAGUGUGGUAAAACCUUUGCUGAUCACAGUUGUCUUGGAAUACAUAAAAUGACCCACACUGGAGAGAAAUCAUAUGAAUGUAAUCAGUGUGGUAAAGCCUUUGCAUAUUACAGUCGUCUUCAAAGCCAUAAAGGAACACAUACUGGAGAGAAACCCUAUGGAUGUAAUCAAUGUGGUAAAGCCUUUGCACAAUACUGUCAUCUUCAAAGACAUAAAAAAGCCCAUACUGGAGAAAAACCCUAUGAAUGUGCUCAAUGUGGUAAAGCUUUUGCAUGGCACAAAAGUCUUCAAAUGCAUAAAAGAACGCACACUGGGGAGAAACCCUAUGAAUGCACUCAAUGUGGUAAAACCUUUGUAUGGCCCAAAAGUCUUGAAAUGCAUAAAAGAACACAUACUGGAGAGAAACCCUAUGAAUGCACUCAAUGUAGUAAAGUCUUUGCACAACAUAGUAUUCUUCAAGUGCAUAAAAGAACACAUACUGGAGAGAAACCUUAUGAAUGUAAGCAAUGUGGUAAAGCCUUUGCAGAUUACAGUCGUCUUAAAAGGCAUAGAAGAACACACUAUAGAGAAAUUCUGUGAAUGUUUUCAGUGUUGCAAAGCCUUUACAGAUCACUAUAGUCUCCAAAUACAUGAAAGAGCCCAUACUGGAGAGAAACCAUAUGAAUAUAAACUGUGGUAAAGGCUUUGCAGAUGACAAUAGUCUUCAAAUACAUGAAAGAACCCACAUUGGAGAGAAAUCCUAUGUAUGUAAUCCAUUUGGUAAAGCCUUUGUAUGUCACAAUGCUUUUCAAUGUCAUAAAAGAACACAUACUGGCCAGAAACCCUAUGAAUGUAAUCAGUGUUGUUAAUCCUUUACAUACCACAGUAUUCUUCAAUGCCAUAAAAGAACACAUACUGGGAAGAAACCCUAUGUAUGUAAUCAGUGUGGUAAAGCCUUUGAAUGCCCCAGUACUCUUCAUAUGCAUAAAAUAAUUCAUACUGGAGAGAAACCCUAUGAAUAUAAUGAUUGUGAUAAAAGCCUUUGCACAACACAGUAAUCUUCAAAGUCAUAAAAGAACACAUACUGGGGAGAAAGCCUAUGAAUGUAAGCAAUGUGGUAGAGCCUUUGUAUAUUACAGUCUUCUUCAGUGCCAUAAAGAGGCACAUACUGGGGAGAAACCCUAUUAAUGCAAUCAGUGGGGCAAAGCCUUUGCACACCACAGUACUCUUCAAAGGCAUAAAAGAACCCUUCGUGUAGAGAAACCCUAUGAAUGUAAUGAUUUUGGAAAAGCCUUUGCAUGUCUUCUUACUCUUCAAAUGCAUAAAAGAACACAUACUGGAGAGAAACCCUAUAAAUGCCAUCAAUGUGGCAGAUCAAAGUACUCUUCAAAGGCAUAAAAGAACCCAUACUGGAGAGAUACCCAAUGAAUGUAAUGAUUGUUGGUAAGCCUUUGUAUGUCUCAGUACUCUUCAAAUGCAUAAAAGAACAUACUGGAAAGAAGCCCUGUUUGUAAUCAAUGUAAUAAAGCCUUUCAAUGUUACAGUAGUCUUCAGAGGCAUAAAACAACACUUAGUGGAGAGGAAAUCUAUGAAUGAAAUCAGUGCAGUCAAGCUUUUUUUUAUGUGACAGUAGUCACUGAAAACAUGAAAGAUCCUUUACUGCAGAGAAACCCUUUGUAUGUAGUCAGUGUGGUAAAUCCUUUCUAUGUCAUAGUACUCUUCAAAUGCUUAAAAUAGCACAUAUUGGAGAGAAAGCCUUUGAAUGUAAUCUGUCUGGUAAAGCCUUUGCAUGUAUCAGGAAUCUUCAAAACCAUGAGAAAAAAUCAAAUUGCAGAGAAACCCUGUAAAUGCAGUCAGUGUGGUAAAGUUUAGCACUUUAUACAUUAGUAAAACUCUUUGUGUGCAAUCUAUCUGUUUAAGCCUUUAUAUAUUGUAAUAGUCUUUGACCAUGUGAAAGCCAUGAAAAAGAGGGUUUCUCUUUUUAUAAUAUUUUUAAUUAAAAUAUUUUUCUUUCUUUUUAUAUACCAAGCCCUGUUCCCCCUCUCUCCCCUCUUCCCCCUGCCCCACCUCCCCUUAUCCCACACCCAUCCCUUUCUUAUAGGGGGUAAGGCCUCCCUUAGGUAGUCAACACAGGAUGGCUUACCAAGUUGGUGAUGGACCUAGCCCUCCCAUCCUGCAUCAAAGUUGAAUAAGGUAUCCCACCAUAGAGAAUGGGCUCUAAAAAGCCAGUUCAUGUACCCAGGAUAAAUUCUGGUCACAUUGACAGUGGACCAGAAACAUACCAAACCACAUAGCUGGCACCCAUAUUUAGAUGGUGUAGGGCAGUCCUAUGCAGGCUCCCCAACUGCCAGUCCAGAGUCCAUGAGCUCCCACUAGUUGGGUUCAACUACCUCUGUGGUUUUUCCCAUCAUGAUGCUGAACCCCCUUUGCUCCUAUAAUCCUUCCUUCCUCUCUUCAACUGAACUGUGCCUUUAUGUCACUUGUGUGAGGUUUCUCCAACUUCUUUAUGUAGGCACUUAGUGCUAUAUACUUUCCUCUUAACACUGCUUUCAUAGUGUCCCAUAAGUGUGGGUAUGUUGUGAAUUUACGUCUGAUGAAUUCUGGGAAAUACUUAAUUUCUUUAUUUAUUUCUUCCUUGACCUAGUGAUAAUUCAUUUGAGGAUUUUUCAGCUUCCAUGAGUUUGUAGAUUUUCUGCAUUUUGUGUUGUUGAAUUCUGACUUUAAGCCAUCAUGGUCCGAUAAGAUACAGGGUUUAUUCCAAUUUUUUUUUUUGUUUAUGUUGAGAUUUGUUUGGC